ACACGGAAGUGAAGAAAAAAAAGAGGCAGGUUUUUUUUAUUGUAAUAAUUGCAGGCAGGUCCGGGGAUUGUUUAUCCGCCUCCUCGGCUGUCUUGACGUUGCGAGUGGGAGGGUUUGCUUGAGCAAGAGGUCAUCUGAGCAGGGGAAGAAAACUGGGCGGACUGGCUGGGAAGGAAGAAGGGUAUCUCUUCAGCUUGACUUGGCUGCGGGGCUGCUCGGAGGGUCAGAGCGCAGAUUUAGAAGAUGAGCUAUCCAGGAUAUCCGCCAGCUUCGGGAGGUUAUCCCCCCGCACCUGGGGGUUAUCCUCCCGCACCAGGGGCAUACCCACCGGCACCAGGAGGAUAUCCACCGGUACCAGGUAGUAAUCCCUGGGCUGUCAAUCCUGCUCCACCUGUUGGAAUGGAUGUACUUGCCAACAUUCAAGGACAGCUCAAUCCCUCCUAUCUUGAAGGAAUGGCUCAAAACAUAUCGAACACCAUGAGUGGGUUUGGUUCAGGACCACCGAAUAUUGGGUUUGGGGCACCUCCCAAUCAACAGCCAGGAGCUCCAUACGGAAUGUUUCCAGGCCAAACCAACCAGCCUGGCGCUCCACCCUACAAUCCAGGAUAUCCUGGUUCCACCCCUGGAUAUCCGCCAAGCUCUGGCCCUGUCCCUGGAUACCCCUCGGGCCCUGCUCCAGGAUUCCCCUCGGGGCCUGCUCCAGGAUUCCCCUCGGGCCCUGCUCCUGGAUACCCCUCGGGCCCUGCCCCUGGAUACCCCUCAGGCUCUGCCCCUGGAUACCCCUCGGGCCCUGCUCCAGGAUACCCCUCGGGCUCUUCUCCAAGUUAUCCAUCUAAUACAUCCCAAGGAUACUCUGCUACGCCUGGUUCAACUGUAACCCCGUCUGCAGCUCCAGUGAAGCCUGUCAACCGGGGGACAGUUAGAGAAGCUGCAGGAUUCGAUGCUCUGCGAGAUGCCGAGGUCCUGAGGAAAGCCAUGAAGGGGUUUGGCACAAAUGAACAAGCCAUCAUAGAUGUUGUUGCUCACCGGUCGAAUAAGCAGAGGCAGCAGAUUGUUCUGUCUUUUAAAACAGCCUAUGGGAAGGACCUGAUAAAGGAGCUGAAGUCCGAGCUGUCGGGUAACUUUGAGAAGACGGUGCUGGCUCUGCUGAAACCCUCCACGCUCUUUGAUGCUACAGAACUGAAAGAGGCUAUCAAGGGGGCUGGGACAGACGAGCAGUGUCUGAUUGAGAUCCUGGCUUCUCGCUCAAAUUCUGAAAUCCAUGAAAUCAAUAAGGUGUACAAAGCAGAAUUUAAGAAGACUUUGGAGCAGGAUAUUAAGAGUGACACAUCUGGACACUUUGAGCGGCUGCUGGUCUCCCUGGUUCAGGGCAAUCGAGAUGAAAGCCAAAACGUGGAUAUAACGCUGGUUAAAAAGGAUGCACAAGACCUGUAUAAUGCAGGAGAAGGACGUAUGGGAACAGACGAGUCGAAGUUUAAUGCUAUCCUCUGCUCAAGGAAUAGAUCCCAUCUGAAAGCAGUCUUUGAAGAGUAUCGCCAGGUGUGUAAGUACGACAUCGAGAAGACCAUCGCCCGUGAGAUGUCUGGGAACCUGGAAAGAGGCAUGGUGGCAGUAGUGAAGUGCCUGAGAAAUACUCCAGCUUUCUUCGCUGAGAGGCUCUACAAGUCCAUGAAGGGUCUGGGCACAGAUGACAAAACCCUGAUUCGCAUUAUGGUGUCUCGCUGUGAGGUUGACAUGUUGGAUAUAAGGGCUGAAUUCAAGAGGAUGUACGGGAAAUCGCUGUACUCGUUUAUUGCGGACGACUGCUCUGGGGACUACAAGAAGUUGCUGCUGCAGCUUUGUGGCUCAAAUGACUGAGAGAGGACAAUGAGGUCGAGGUAGCGAAGAUUUAAGCAGUGGUUUUCCAACAACACUUCCACCCGUCCUCGAACGGAAGCUUCCUCGUCUCUCUGUUAUUGUUUUAGUUCCUUUUGUAUCGGCUUGUAAAUGUAAUCCUGUUUUAUCAGCAUAUUCAACAUGUAUUUGUUUGGCUGAGGUUUGAGGUGAUGGGGGGGGGGGGGGUAGAGAUUCGUCCUGUUGUGUUUCUAGGGGUGAUGCUGGUGUGAGUUUCACCCCCACCCCCACUGACCUCUGCCUCUCCUGUUGAACUCCCUUCGUUCACACCCAUUUGUGGUACCUUCACACCCAUUCAGUGUGUCAACCACUGAUGAACUUACACCCUGCUGCAAUCCCACUUUCCAGAAUGCCCUGUCACUACCUGGACAAUCAUCCCUUUCCACAGCUGUCUUGUGACGUAAAUGAGGUUCUCAGCUUCCCCUGGGCAUCAGCUCACAUCAACAAACGUGAUGCCUGGUAGGAACUAAAGUCAACCGAUUGCUUCAAGGGCAUUGAACAGUUUGCAUUCCUUGUAUUUUUAUAUAUUUUUGUAAAGUUGCAUGACCUGUGCCAACUUAACUUGGCAUUCACCCCAUGCCAUCCCGUCCAACUCUCCUGUGACAGAGGGGAGGGAAUGUCAAAUGCAAACUGUUUCCUCACCCCCUCAGUUAAAAGAGAUUAAUUUGCGUCAAUAGGGCUUAUUAUUCUUAUCUCGAGCCAGCAAUGUGAUACCUGAGGCCACUUUUGGCGGGCCAGAAUCAGAAGUUUCCAACCUGCGCACACCUCCGGGAUCUGAGUAUCUGCUUCACACGCCUACAGUCGUGGUUUGACUCGCUGACCAAAGAAUCCACCAUGCCCCCUCAGGCUUCAGGGACUCCUCAGGAACGCCAGACAAAGAUGAAAAGUCGGUGCCUCUGAAUUAGCUGUGAGACCACCUUAUGGCAAAAUGCGAUGUGCUCAAAAAUGUAAAUGAAUAAAAAUCAAUACUAUGCAAUAAAUCUA